AUGGCCGAGCCUAGUAUACCAUUCGACGGCCCCCGCAGCAGAGCGCCUACGUUUCCACGGCAGCCAGAGGAGCUGCAUAUGCCCUCAGCGAACGCCUCUUCGAAGCCGCAAAAUGAGCAGCAGCAGCAGCAGCAGCAGCACAGCUCGAUUCCGCCGCUGUUGAGCAUCCAGCAGCAGCCGGGUUCCCAGCAGCAGCAGCAGCAGCAGCACCAGAAUAAUGCGCUCCCGGGAGCCCUACAGCCUGGUCCUGCAAGCCGCCAGGGACAGCCAUCCACGACACAUCACAAUAGUAGCAACAACAUACACAACUCGUCUUCCUCGUCUGGGGUUCCCUCGCAGCUAGCGGUGCCUAUGACGCCGUCGAAACAGUCGUCUAUGAGCCAGCUGCAGUCCUAUCCCUCCAGCCCAGGAGUAGAUCAGCAGCGAUACCAGCAUCACCAGCAGCAGCAGCAGCAACAGCAGCAGCAGUCCAGCAUGAUGUCCCCGUCUGGACAGUCGUCGUCGACGCCGUACUCGCCGCUCGGGCUGGCAGAUAUACGCCCUCACAUGGAUCUGGGCCGGAUAGACGACUCGGCCGGCUCGUCCACCGUCCACAACGGGGACAUGCACACGCCCAAGAACAGCAGCUACCUCGCUCCGUGGGCGUUGUAUGCGCUCGACUGGUGCAAGUGGCCCGCGGCGCCAAACACCAAUUCGGCGGGGAAGAUUGCUCUCGGAAGUUAUCUAGAAGACACCCACAACUACAUCCAAAUACUUCACGCGCAGACGGCUGAGCGGGACUACAACGAUCCCGACAACGACCCGGGGCUGGAGUUUGUGAAGACCGCAGAGGCAACACACUCGUACCCGGUUACCCGCAUCCUCUGGGAGCCGCCAUCAUCGCAGAAACAGUCGACGGACCUGCUGGCCACCUCGGGCGACCAUCUCCGGCUCUGGUCGCUGCCCUCGAACCCCAGCCAGCCACAAUACUACGGCAGCAACUCGAUCAACCGGAUGAGCGCGAGCAACAAGAACCCUCCGCCGCUGCAGAAGCUCUCCCCGCUUGCUCUCCUCUCCAACUCCAAGACCCCCGAACACACUGCGCCCAUAACGUCGCUAGACUGGAACGCUGUCUCCCCCAGUUUGAUCAUCACCUCGAGUAUAGACACCACCUGUACGAUAUGGGACAUACCCACUCUCACGGCAAAGACGCAGCUCAUUGCCCACGACAAGGAGGUGUACGACGUCCGGUUCUGUGCAAACAGCGUGGAUGUCUUUGUUAGCUGCGGUGCAGACGGCAGCGUGAGAAUGUUUGAUCUCAGAAGCCUAGAGCACAGCACCAUCAUCUACGAACCAUCGGAGAAACACGAUAAGGGGAGUCCCGGAGACCUCUCGCCAGGCCAAUCUUCCGUAUGGCCACCACCACUCCAACGCAUUGCAGCGUCACCACAUGAUGCCCACCUGCUGGCAACGUUUGCCCAGGACUCAAACAUCAUCCGGGUGCUGGACGUCCGCCAGCCGGGCCAGGCACUGCUUGAACUCAAGGGCCACGCUGCGCCCGUAAACUGUCUCGAAUGGUCUCCGUCCCGUCGAGGCACAAUCGCUACGGGAGCAGACGACUCGCUGGUCCUGAUCUGGGACCUCAUCAACCAGAACAACGCUGCCGCCCUGCCACUGCCUCCCCAGCAGCCACAGGGCCUUCACUCCGGCGGCAAUGGCAACAGCAGCAAUUCUACGACGACCUCAGGCAGCGGCAGCGGCAGCGGCCCCUCAACCCUCGAACGAGGCCCUGCAGCCGCCUGGCGCUGCGACUAUGAAGUGUCGAACAUCAGCUGGGCGCCUCACAUCCCUGCCACCGGCCCGGGCAGAGACUGGGUUGGUGUCUGCGGCGGGAGAGGGCUCUGGGGAGUCUCUAUAUGAGCCUUCUUCGUCUCUUCUCUUCAUUUCUCCCUAUCUCUUUCACUCUGGCAUCCUUUUACCACUUUUCUUCUACCUGAUCUACACCUACUUUUGGCCAUGGUACGGGUGCUCCGUCUACCUGUGACGGUAUUAUAUGCUUUGGAAGUGUGGAAUCAAAAGAAAUCAAAAAGAAACACACGGGGCAGGAUGGCUUCGAUGUCUGUAUCUAUGUCUAACUAUCAACUAUGAAUCUUCUUCUCUUCUUCGACUGGGGGGUUUCAGGGGCAUGAUGCUGGGGAAGGAGGGCUGCUUCAAGAUUGAUACUGUGCUAUAUACUCCCUUAUACCGGGUCAAUAAUAUAUCUCCUUUCGUCUAGUCUUCGUAUCUACGUCUCUUCUAUCCCGUCUAUCUACAUCGCUAUCCAAUCUAUGCCAAUAUCUAUAUCUGGAG